CCACCGACCCACGCCUUUCGCCGCUCCAAUAGCCAAUCCGCACCUCGCGCUCUCGCUCCGCGUUCUCCUCGUCCCGAUCCAGUUCCCCAAUCCUUCGCCUUCGUCGUCGUCGUCUUCUUCUCCGAGCCGAAUUGAUCCAAGCGGAGCCGUGAUCCGAUCCAUGCGCAAAGCUUCGUAACCUCGGGGACCCUCUCGCCGUCGUCACCCCUUUCGCCGUCGUCGCCUCCGAUCGUGGUCGCCGGGAUCCGCCGAGUUGGAUCUCGAGGCAUAAGCGUUGCGGGCGCCCGGCGAGGAUACGAUGCCUGCGGUGCUCGCCGCGUUCGCCAGCCUCCGCGCGGCAGCCGCCAUCGCCUCCGGGAACUCGUCCUUCCCCUGCUCCCACCGCCUCAAGCAUCGUUUUAGUAGUAAUUUUAGUAGUAAUUGUAGUAGUAAUUGUCUUUGACGUUUGCCUUCCCCUCGUCGCACACGCCCUUCGGUCCUUACCUCGCGUUGUUUGAGGCUUCUGGUUCGAUCUGGUUGUGCUCAGUCUGAGGCUUGUUUGGUUGUGAGAGGUUGGUGCUGGAUCUCGGGUUGUCAGAGUUUGGUCUCUGGGUUCGAUCUGCAGGUUCGAAAGAAAGCAAUUUGGGGUGUUAGACGUGGUGAUUGUCGUUGCUACGAGAAAAUAGAAACUUCUCUUCAGAAUUCGGGAUUAAGCUUGUGGAUGGGUGAACCUCUGGCGGACUUUAGUGCCAAAGGUGUUAGCAGCAGCUCAUUUCUCUGCCACAGCACCUGUGAAAAUCCAGGUUGCGAGCACAGCUGUGCCUGCUGUAAAGAUCUUGAAGCUAAAGUAGCUUGUGGGCAAGAUGACUUGGUUGUCAAGGAAACCGAAGCAGCUCUUGCCGAAGUGAUGCAUGUCUAUGAUGAUGAUGGUCCAGAUCUGGGUGAAGAUUCUAAUGAAGAUGAUGACCUGCUUCUUUCUCUGGAUUCUGAUUCAACUGAUGAGCUAGCGGUUGACACUGAAUUGGUCAUAUCUCCUGCCUUCCCUAGUGGUGAUGCAUCUGAAUCAUCAAUUGGUAAACAAGAUGAUGGAGAUUCUUCAAGUGGCACUCCAACCUUGGUUUCUGCGAUUAAAGGAACCCGUGCAAAGCAGGGAAUCAUCACAAAGUUGAGCGUUUCAUGGGCCCCUGAUGUAUAUGAUCCUCCUGUUACUUCUGACUCGCACACUGUGAGGGGGCACCAGAUGAGUUCAAGGAAGGGCCACUACAAAUACAAGCCCUCCAAGAGCAGCAGCAGCAGCAGCAGCAGCAGCCGCAGUACCAAUGGCAGCAAAAAGGACAAGAAGCAUUCUCGACACAGCAGCAGCAGUAGCAACAAAAAAGAUAGGAACCAUUCUUACCGCAGUUCCAGUAGCUGCAUCAGCAGCAGAACUGGCUCUAGUGUUCCUCAAUAUCGUAACGAGUACAGCGCCCGCAGCAGCAGUGGCAGCAGAACUGACGCUGGAGUUCUUGAAUCUACUAAGGUAUCUCCAUUGGUGCCAGCUGAAAGUGCUGCACUGCCAGAGGCCGUUCCUAUACUCAAAGCCAUGGAGCAAAUUAAAUGCGCUACCAGCUGCUGCAAGGAGAAGCCUUUUGCCUUGCUGUCGCGCCAGUUUUCCCCUGCAAGGUACAAGGGAAUGUUCUCUUUUUGGAGCCAAAACCAACUGGCUUCUUAAUCAUCAGUUGCUGCCACAAGUCGCUCACUUGGAAGUCUUCGUUGGAACACAUUUUUUUUACAUGUGAGCUCGUUGUUUGGUGUUUCGUUCGUUGAACUGUUUGGUCAACUUGUGUUUGAACUUCAGAGACCAAGUUUCUGAAAAUUGUCGGUCGAAGUACUUUUACAUUUGAGCUUGUUUACUAUAUUUCCUCAUUCGUUCGUGUAAUUGUUACCUAUUCCAUGUGUAUUUUAUUGUCUGUUUGCACAUUA